AUGGGACGUUCACGAAGUCUGAAACUUCAGCGCUUUGCUGAAACCAGGUUUGAAAGAUUUCCGGUGACUCGUGGUUUAAAUGUGACAAUGCAUACGUAUACGUUUUAUUUAGUUGCGACUUGGUGGUACAAACGAAGGACUUUGUCUCAUCGCAAGUUUUCGAAGUUAAACAGGUAAAAAUUACUUCACUAUGAUUGUUUCUUAACUGUUUGUAUUAAAGGAAUUGACUUCAAUCGUAGUUGUAGAUAUACCUGUACUUUAUAUUUUGUUUAUGUUUCUUCAAUCCUUACGCUCAAUUCUUCCUUAUGCACUUGGCUCAAUAGUUAGAAGAGUUUGUCGGUUAACCGAGUCAAAUCCGAGCCGGAGUCAAAUGUCUGAGUCACUGUUUAGCGGUCUUUGUAGUAGUUCAAUGACUUAGUACCCUAUAUAACCCUAAGUAGGGACUCCUAUAACCCUAUUCGAUUAUGAAUUUUAUUCAAUUCCGUCUUUUUUUACGUGACUUGGACUUUGUAAAUGGAUUCACUCGUUAGAAGAGCCAUCUGCGUUUACCUUAAUAGCAUCACAUGUAAUAAAGUUGUAUAUAUAAAUAACUAGGAUGGAAAGAGCUACAUUUUUUGCUGCAAAUGUUUUUGCUAACUAAUCACAUUAGGGAGCUUAUUAAAGAUACACCAAAUCUACGACGUGGACGUGACGAAAAACUGCCUCUAUAUUAUCACAGUUUUGCCUCACGGGUAAAAACUGUGGAUAGGCAAGAUGGCUGUUGGUAAACAAAGCUAAAGUAAAACUAGUCUCCAAUUAUUAGCGACUGUUUUUAGUCGCGUGCGCGUCGCAGAUUUGGCGCAUCUUAAGAUGGCGUGUUGUGCCCAUGUAUGGAUAUGCCACACCAUUUUGACGCCAUUUUCACGUCGUCUUUGACGUCCGCGUCCUCGAUCUAAAUCUGUCUAUUGUUAGUUGCUCCGUACGCGCCCAACAAAUUCGUCCAGAAGACUGAAUAGCUUUUGAAGAAAAAUAGCUUUAAUAUUUAAAAUAUGCAGAUCGAAGCAGCCUUCUCCAAACCUUUUUAUAUAUCCCAGUUUUAAUAUUCUUCAUUUAGUUUCAAAUCUAUUUGUUAACAGCUGUUUCAGAAAUUUCCAUCAUGUAUUUGAACGUUUUCAUCAUCAGUUUUGCGGCAUGGAUAUCCUUUUCUUCUGCGCAGGUAAGUAAGGCAUAUUGUGGUUUCAUGACAAUACAAAGAGAACAGUUCGACAUAUAUCAUAUACAGAAAAACUAAAUUGGGUCAAUCAUGGUUCACAUUUUGCCGGCUCAUGUUGUACACAAAUAAGAUCAUUUGAGGCAAAAGGGUUUUUCACAAGCCCCAGCCCCCAAAAACAUCGACAUCAAAUCACGAAUUGGGGAACAUUACACAUAUCUUUCAAAAACUAGCCAAAAUCAGCAAAUCAGUGCAUAAUUUUUGCUCCAUGUUAAGAAAAUAUAUAGGUUUAACUUUUUUCUAUAAAUAUGAAAUACAUGCAGCACCUAUCAAACGGCUAUCAUACAACCCUAGUACAAUUUUAUUCAGUUUACAACGCAGGAGCCAGUUGA